AUGUCUUUCAACCAAAUCUCCUGCAAGAAGCGACCAACUGUCAGCAGUGGCAGUGGCGGAGGAGGAUAUUGGACUAAAGGGCUAAGCAGUCACUCUAAAUUUCGUGGAAAUAUGAAAUUCCCUGUUUGCCCACCUGGUGGAAUCCAGCAGGUUACUAUCAAUUCACAACUUCUGCUACCACUUGAUCUGGCUAUAGAUCCAACAAUCCAGAAAGUAAAAGCAGAGGAAAGAGAACAAAUUAAAACUCUCAACAACACGUUUGCUACUCUUCUUGACAAGGUCAGAUUUAUGGAACAGCAAAACAAGGUCCUGGAAACAAAAUGGAAACUGUUGCAGGAACAGGGCACUAAGGGCACCACCAAAAGUGCCAACCUAGACCCCCUGUUUGAGAAAUACAUUGCCGACCAGAAGAGAUAUUUAGAUAAUUUAAUAAAUGGAAAGAGCCGUUUGCAGCAUGAACUGAAGAAUAUGCAUGAUCGUGUAGAGCAAUAUAGGAAAAAAUUUGGAGAUGAAAUUAACAAUCGUACAAAAGCAGAAAACGAUUCAGUGGUAUUUAAGAAGGAUGUUGAUGCAGCCUGCACGGUUAAUAUAGAACUUGAGGCCGAGGUGGAUGCUCUGACAAGCAAAAUCGACUUCUUAACAAAUCUUUAUGCUGUGGAAUUGUCACAGGUACAUGAUCAAGUCAAUGACACCUCAGUCCUGACUAUGGAUAACGACCUGUAUAGUCUCAUUAACGAAGCUGAAUAUCAGUAUGAGCAAAUUGCACAAAGAAGCAAAUUGGAAGCUGAAGCAUUGUUCCAUAAUCAGUACAAGGAACUGCAGAAAACAGUUGAAGGAAAUAGUACGAUCUUAAAGAAUUCCAAGACUCAAAUAGCAGAUCUGAACAGUAAGAUUCGGAAGCUGAAGGCUGAAAUUGAAAAUGUCAAGAAGCAGAUUACAGCUCUGAAUCAAUCCAUUGAUGGGAAAAAGAAACGUGGGAACCUUGCUCUCGAGGACGCAGAAAAGAAACUUAAGGAUCUUGAAGAUGCUGAAAACAAACUUACAGAGUACAUGGCUCACCAGCUUAAAGAAUACCAAGAACUUCUGUCUUAUAAGCUUACACAAGACUUUGUAGUUGCCACUUACAGAAAGAUGCUGGAAGGAGAAGAGGGCAGGAUAUCUGAUAGCAACAAUUACAGCCUAUCUGCACUCAGCGGAGAUUCAGGUGUAUACAGUGCUGGUGGAAUAGGAGGCAUGGGAGGCGAAAUGGGAAUUGCAAGUGGCAUGGGAGAUGGAAUGGGAUCAAGAUACAGUGGUGGGUAUGGCCAUGGAGGUAAUGGUGGUUCCCUGCACAGAGGAGGUUCAUUCAAACGUAUUGGACGCAGAAUUCCAGUGGCUUUUAGAGGUGGAAUAGUUGGAAAGGGAAAUUUAGGUGGCAUUGGAUCUGGUCGCAGUCCAAAUGACCAUGAAAUAAGCUUUGGAGCUAAAGGAAUGGAAUAGGAAGCUGGUUCCAUG